AUGUACGCUCAAUCGAAUCAGAUCCAGUGGCUCCGUAACGGUGGCGUCUUCCUCGGCGGACAUAGAGGAGUUAUUGUAGUAGAUGGUACAUUUCUGAAGGGAAAAUUCAAUGGGACUUUAUUGGCAGCUUGUGCUCAAGAUGGGAAUUAUCAUCUAUAUCCUCUCGCCUUUGCAGUGGUUGACGCAGAAAACGGCGCCUCUUGGAAAUGGUUCUUUAGAGGUUUGAGCCAGAAGAUCCCGGACGCUUCGGAUCUUGUUUUUGUAUCAGACAGGGCUAACUCCAUUUCUUCAGCGUUAGAGGAUGUAUAUCCCUUAUCUCACCAUGGAAUUUGCAGGAUCCAUCUGCUCCGCAACAUCACUCCUACAUAUGCGAAGACUGGGUUGCUACCUCUGGUGGAAAGCGCUGCUGAUGCCUAUACGUGUCACGAGUUCUGGUUAAUCUUCAAGGACAUAAAGGAUAAAUGUCCUGAAUUGGCUAAGUAUCUGGAAGAGUCUGAUUUUAGGAAGUGGGCACGAAGCUAUGCGCCUGCGAACAGGUAUAAUAUCAUGACUACCAACAUUGCAGAGUCUCUCAAUUCUAUGUUGAAGAUGCCUCGUGAGUUGCCCAUUAUCUCUCUCCUUGAAACUAUCAGAUUGACGAUGACCACUUGGUUUUUUAAGCGACGCGAAGCGGCUGCUGUGGGAACCGAAAUUCGCACUGUCGAUUUCCGUUUAAAUAAGGAAACUAGGAAAACCCUAAUUUCCCAGAGGUCCCGGAUAUCUGUUAAUACCACACGCUAAGCAAUCAGAACACGAAAUAACAACGACAAAGUAUAUAAGAUCGUAAAAAGAGAGCAAAGUAGGUCUUAUUACGAAUCUGCGUUACAACAAGUUAUAAGCCUGGGCUCGAGAGCUGUCGGCGAGAUUCCUAGUUCUAGCAACCCUAAGACGGCUUAACCUAAUUUAGUCGCAGCUCAAACAACAAAAAACGGAAAAUUUCCUAAACUGCUCUAAGUGCUGAGUUUUCUGUGAAAAAGUUCUCUUCCCAUGCCUCUCGCCUUGGACGCCUUAUAUACUCGCUCCUAGGUCGGUUUACGCCUUUCCCCUUCUGCCCUUAAGGCGUCAUAGCCUAAAAAUGGAGAUAUUCCAUUUUUCUCGAUCUUCGUAAUUAUCUAAAAAAUUUCGUAUUUAUUCGCGGAAACUUGACAUUGAUGUUUCCUUGCGAACCAAGCAUAAACCGUCCCACAGUUUACGGA